ACUUUUCCCUUUCGCCUCACGAACCUGCUGUUGCACCCCGGUCCAGCAGGUGGCAGUGGUGACCAUCCGGCUUCCUUUAAACACCGCACAGACGUCGGUAGGGAACACUUCCUGUUGUCUGGCCAUUGAAUCGCGUUCGCCAUGAAGCUCAAGCUCUGACUGGACAUGAAACAGGAGUACCAGGAUCUCGUCCUGCACGCGUGUGGGGCUUCGUCUCUGCGCGUUGGUGCAAACAUCCAGACCCUGUGGAGCGGCUAUGGAGAGAUAGUCCGGCUGCACCUGGAGGGCUGCGAGCGGCACUCUGUUGUCGUCAAGCAUGUCAAGUUUCCAGAAGAGGCCGAGCAUCCCGGUGGCUGGAACACCGAUCGCUCCCACAGACGUAAAGUGAGAUCCUACCAGGUGGAGACAAACUGGUACCAGAACUAUUCCACCAAUCAGAACUGUCGGAUCCCUGCCUGCUUGGCUGCCUGCUCCCAUGGCGAUGAGAUGCUGAUCGUGCUGGAGGAUCUGGAUGUGGCUGGGUAUGAUCAGAGAAGGACCAGCCUGAAUGACAGAGAGAUAAAGGGUUGCCUCAGCUGGCUUGCCCACUUCCAUGCUCUCUUCCUGGGUGUGGCACCAGAGGGUCUGUGGCCUGUCGGGACCUACUGGCACCUGGAGACCCGGCCGGACGAGUUGGAAGCCAUGGAUGACGCCAAGCUUAAAGCAGCGGCUGGUGACAUUGACAGGAUUCUCAAUGAAUGUCGCUUCAAGACCAUCGUUCACGGGGACGCUAAGUUAGCCAACUUCUGUUUUUCCCAGAGUGGACAGGAUGUGGCCGCCGUGGACUUCCAGUAUGUUGGUGGGGGCUGCGGGAUGAAAGAUGUUGUGUAUUUUUUAGGAAGCUGCAUGGAGGAGAGGGAGUGUGAAAAGAGGGUACCUGGCCUGCUGGACUACUAUUUCACAGAAUUAAAGCUGUCUGUGAAACAAGAUGUGAACUUUGCUGCACUGGAGAAAGAGUGGAGGGAGAUGUUUGCAUUUGCCUGGACAGAUUUUCAUCGUUUUCUGCUGGGAUGGAUGCCUGGACACUGGAAGAUCAACUGGUACAGUAAACAGUUGACCAAGGAGGUACUACACAAACUGAAAGUGUCAACCGAACCGAAAACUUUAAACUCACCAGUUUGAGCGUGGAAAGCUGUUCAUGGAAAAAAGAAUCCAUUUCAAACACACACUUGAGGUCCUUCUUCAGCUGUGUGCAGUUAAGCACUCUGAUCAAAUCAUUUCGAGAUAAAUAAAAGCUUUUGAAAUGUG